GGGAAAAUGAUGAAACCAUCGUGAAAAUAUGUUUGAUUUUAGUAUAUUUUUUUAUUUUAUUUCCAUCGGAAUUGUAUGUUUACAUCCAUUCUGUAAAGGAGCAACCCAUUGGUUUGUAACAGAGGAUGGAAGAAUCCAACAGCAGGAUGACUCUGUGUUCAAUCUCAAACGACCCUACGAUCUGGUCACCUUCAUUCAGCAACAAACAGCAUUUGAUAGGUUAAAGAUUUUACGAGAAGAGUACCUGGAAGAGAAACGAAAAGUUAUUGAAGCAAGAGAGAAGGAAAGAGCAGAAAUCCAAAAAUCAUUUUACGAAGAGGAUCCUGAUUGUGUUGAUGCAGGAGGCCACAUUUCUGAGUUUGAAUUACAUCUAGAUAUGACUCUUCCCUUUUCUAAGAAAGGCAUCAAUCUUCCAGAUCAUCUCAACCUUUGCCAGUCACUUCCCUCCGAUGUUCAACCACCAGUUUGUCAAGCUCAGCUACCAACAGUUAUAUACAGCUAUGAUCAUCUUGAGGGAGUAAAGCAUCGCCAUCUGCUGAAUUCCACUGCUGAGCCAAUGCUGCUUACAACAAUGUCAUCUUAUUUUAAAACUGCAGAAGAAUUAGGAGGCCAAGUGAGUCUGGCUCUUGAAAAGAAUUCAACUUCGUGGGUUUUACUUAAUCUUGCUGCAUACUAUUGGAGAAUUAAAGGAAAUGCUCUGCAUGCUGUGGAAUGUUUAAGACAAGCUUUGUAUUAUUCACCAAGGGAGCACAAAGAUCGUGCACUGAUGAGCCUGGCAGCAGUACUUUACCAUGCAAAUCACACCCAUGACUCUGUUGUUCUUCUGCACACUGCUAUGGAAACUUGUCAGGAAUAUUCUGUGUAUCACUUUCUACUUGGAAAUAUUUAUGCUUCUCAGAAGAUGUAUGAAAUGGCUGACUUAUGUUACAAAUUCACUGUAGCUGUUUCCCCCGACACGAAAUCGUUGUGUGAGCGAGUCAAAGCCGUGAGGUGUGAGGUUAAACUGAAACAACUGUUAAAAGAACGCCAAUUAGCAUUUGAUGAAAGAUUGGACUUCCACGGCACCCCUGAACUUGAUGAUUCAAAAGAGUUUAAAAAUGAAGAAGCCGAGAAGAAAGAACUCCUUCCGCUAGAAACAUUCAAGAAGCAACUUAACCGGCUCUACCUGCUUACAGAAGGUCUACCAAAGAACCCAGACAGCUGUAAGAGCCGAUCUGUUCCUGUGAAACAGGGAACUCUACCGCAAGGAGAAGAAGAAUCAAAACACAAUUCUGAUGCCAUCGAAUCUGAUCUAAAAUCGAAAUCCCUUGAUAGAAACGGCCAAGAUGAAGAACGCACUAUCUGGAAAGAAAAAAGAGUGAUGAGUGAAUCACUAAAAGCAAGAAAUUCUCGGUUAAAUAAUUCUAAAUUUUCUAUAGAGAUGAAAACCAUGCAGGAUUUAGAAGAAGCUCGACUAGCGUUGACUCGCUUAAAACAUGUCAUGAAAACUGUUACUCAUACAAACUCCGCUACGCAGACUGUGAAAAUAACCGAGGAGAAAGUGCUGCAAGGUGAAAACGGUGCGAAGACAAACGUAGAAAAAACAAGCUGUGUUGAAAGCAUUUCAACUUUGCAGGAAAAAGAAAUGACAGUCAAGAAAGGGAAUACUGGUCGACGCGGCGAGAGUGGUUUUAAAACGAUGAAACGAGGCGCUGGUUUUAAUAAUCCUAGUGAGGAUGGCUUUGCCGGAAGUGUUAUUGCUGAUGAUGGUAAAUUUGUUAAGCAGAAAGGAGAGUCUAUUGUGUUGAGCAAGAACGAUCCAGGUUCAAAGUUUGAUUAUCUGAUACCUUCCAAGAACACCCGGGACAAUGUUAUCGCAGAAUCACUGUUUGAGCAGCUAAAAGGAAGCGUCCCUAGCGGACCUAAACACACGCCACCUCUAAAGGACAAAGCAUUCUUGUCAAGUGUAAGGAAUUGUGAAGAUCUUGGAAGGAAGAAACUAAAAGGCGAAGCGGUCAGUGCGGAGUGUUUGACUCAAGAUUCCAAGAAACAGACGCACGGCACAAGCGCUGGAAGAGAUGUUGGUGUUGAGAGCUUUGUGUCAACCACUGAAUUUACUAAGGCCGAGGAAAAUGAGCUAUCGACGGAUAAAAGAACUCUGCUUGAUUCGGAUGGUGAGGUAAUUUUGAUGAAGCAAACUUUGGCAGAUGAGAUUUCGGCUAACGUGCCCACGGAUUCUCUAUUAAGUGAGCGCACUUCUGAAGCAAAAGUUCUUGAACAUAGCGAGAAGAAAAGUAAUAGAAAUACAAAAGUCAAUAUUGGUUCGACUGCAAGUGAUAACAACAAUCUUAAAGUGAACUCUGUCGAGAGUGUUUCUGCCACGCAAAUCAAAGGCAGUGAUCUAGAAAUUGAAAGCAAGAAACAUCACUGGAAGACAAACCCUGGAGAGUACGAAAAACCUAAUUCGAACGUACCAGAAAAUAAUGACGACGCGAGAAGUAAAACCAGAGAUGAAGAGGAUUAUAAUAAUAAAGAUUCUGGUAGACCAGAUACUAAUGGUGUUGUUAAAAAUCCUAAAAACGCCAACGGAGAAAAGAGUAAAGCGGAGGAAAGGCAAAAUCGGUUGGAUUCAAGCGCAACAAAAGAGUUACCUGCUAAAAGUGAUAAAUCAAGUAAACUAAACGAGGUUAAAUUUAAGCCAUCGCCUAAUAUAAAGGAAAAAGUUAACAACGCCGAGUUUCUUCACAGUGUUGGUGCAGGAUCGAGCGUUUUUGAAACAAGCUUUAUGAACGUGCAAACUGACGGAUCUCUUCAGGAUCUGAGUGAGGAAGAGUGCCGACACAUAGAAGGUGUCCAGGCUCUGAUUGUCAGGAACAAACAGUUCAGUGCAUGGCUGUCGUUGGACACCAAAAACAUUGACGUGCGGGCUCACAUCGACUUCCUAAGUGAGGUGGACGACUUUCCCAGAAGGCCUCGUUGUACGGCAAAGAUCAGGAACAAAUUGCACACGUUCCACAACCUUCCGGGUGUGGUCAAUGCUGCUUAUUUUGAUCAAGUCGCUGAAGUUGGUCUCACUCAGACCCUGUUGAGCAUGGGAAGAACAUUACAAGACACCAUUGACGAGAUGGGAACACGAAUUUACAAUGCCCUAAAGAAGAAUUCUUCGUCCUGGGUGCUACUGAAUGUAGCGUCUCUUUAUUGGAGAGUACAAGGAGAUACUGCUGAAGCCAUCAAGUGUCUACGCCAAGCUCUUUCUUUCUCUCCAUCCAAUGCAAGGGAUGUAGCUCAUGUUAGUCUGGCCAGUAUAUUGUUAAGGGAGGGCCAGCUUGAAGACGCUGCUGUAGUCAUAAAAAAGGCUCUUGAGAUUUCUCCCAGUCUUGCUCUUGGACACUUUAUUCUUGGAAACGUCUUCGGUGCUCAGAGUGAAAUACCUGAGGCUAUUCAGCACUAUCUGCUCGCCUUACAGCUCGAACCAGGCUUCACACCGGCUGUGGAGAGGUUAAAGAUCAUUCAGUGUGUGCUGUGGAAACAGCAAAAAGCUCUGGAAAAAGAAGCCGCUGACCUCAGGAAACUCCUUACCCCAAAGUGAACGCAGUCGGCAGCGGCCUCGAACUUUUUCUCUAAGCAUUCGUAGUCUGAAAGACCGACUUUAAUUUUCUAAAAUAGUUAAACUUGCUGAGUGGAUAAAUGACAGAAAUUAUUUCUAUAUUGGGAAAAAAAGCAUAUUUGGCAAUCGAUGAAUUACAUUUUGGGAUGAAAAUUUUCUAAUUACAAAAAUAAAAAGCUUAAAAUUUCAAAUAAACCCUAGCUGGCAAAACUUAAAAAAAAAAACGUUCUUCUUUGGAAAGAUAGGCCAAUAUUUUGGAGCUUUUUAUAAAUGCGAAGUAACCGUUAACUUUUCCUCUGGCUUUUGCGAUUAAAUCUCUCACUGAAUCUUGUAAGUCAGUGUCUAGAGUCAGGAGUCCAUUACAUCUGUUAGUGUGUAUAUUUUCUUUUAGAAAUAAAUACCAUUUUGAAAGCAAUGUGUUCAUAGCUUUUAAAAGUAGUUUCUGUAGUCAAAUGGUUCAGAAUAUAUAAAGUACCGUUUCAAAACGGCCUCGUCACUCUUUGAAUUUUAAGCCUGCCACGA